GUUUUCCCUCCCCUUUUGUGGGCGUAUGUCUUGUCUUGGUUUCCCUGUCUUCUGUGUGUGUGUUUGUCUGGAGCUGGGCGGAGCUGGAGUUACCACUUACCUGCACACCUGCUCACCAUCAGCCAUCUUCAAUCAAGCCACCUGCCAACUAUCAGCCACCUGCACACCUGCUCACCAUCAGCCAUCUUCAAUCAAGCCACCUGCCAACUAUCAGCCACUUCCACUCUCCCCUGGAUAUAAGCCUGGUUCAGUUCAGCACUCGGCGCCAGAUUGUCAACUUUGCUCAGUAAUAGUGAGACGAACUUUGGCUCUGUAGUUCUCGUUAUUUAUAGAUAUUCUUGCUUGCUAAUCCCACCGAAUUCUCUGUCCUCAGUUCCUGCCCUUGCCUGCUUCCCCCCCGGACUCUUACAACUACCUCUGCUCCAGCUCCAGCCCCAGCACUGCACCGCUCCAGCUCCAGCUCCAGCUCCAGCCCCAGCUAACUCCUUCACCUUCAUUAAAGAAAUUUUUGUUGCAACUCUUUCGUUGACUCAGUGUCUGCAUCAUAGGUCCAGUUCUAGUCAACCAUGACAGAACAAUCUGGCCAUGACAUGGACCCUGCAGACCUCGGCUCUGAAGCACACCCCGUCCAGCGAGCUGUCAGUCAUCAGGGUGUGAUCAUUGGACAACACGAACACAGCAUUCGCGUCCUGUCCGCGGACAACCAGGCUCUUGCCCAGCAAGUAUCUUCAUUAACCGCACAAGUUUCAGCUCUACUCUCCGCUUUUUCAUCAGCUUCAACUGCUUCUGCCCAUCCUGCAGCCUCUGCUCCACCAGCACGGCAGGAUUCCCGAGCGACGGACCCAGAUCCUUAUUCAGGUCAGCCAAGUCUUUGUCGAGGUUUUUUGUUCCAGUGUACGUCUGUUUUUCAGUUAAAACCCACAUCAUUCACCUCAGACACCUCCCGGAUUCAGUAUAUUUGUGGUCUGUUAAGGGGCAGGGCUCUGGCAUGGGCUGAAGCCAGGUUUUCCCGGCAAACAUUUAAUGACAUGAGUUAUGGUGAUUUUGUUGAGGAGUUUAAAGGUGUGUUUGACCACCCGGAUUACCAGUCUGAUGCCUCCAUGCGCCUAAUGACCCUCUCUCAAGGACUACGUCCAGUUUCCGAUUAUACCAUUGACUUCUGGACUCUGGCUGCUGAGGUGGAUUGGACUGAUGAUGCCUUGAAGACAGCCUUCAAGAAGGGUUUAAGCAUUCAAAUCAGAGAUGAACUUGUUUCCAGGGAUGAGCCUUUUGACCUGAAGACUCUGAUUUCUCUGUCUAAUAGGAUCGAUGACCGUCUCCGCUCCCACCGUCGGGAGAGAGCUGCGAUGUCCCCAGUUUCCAAACCACAGCCUACAUCUGCCUCUCUGGUCUGCACUCCCAUUCAGGACUCCUCUCCGGGCUCCCCUCAAAUACCACCUGAGGAGCCCAUGCAGCUUGACCGGGGCCAUCUCUCCCAGGAGGAGAGUUCACGGCGCCGUCAGGCAGGCGCAUGCCUAUACUGUGGCAAGAAAGGUCAUUUCAUCUCUCACUGCCCGAUUCGACCAAAAGACAGGGCCCGUCAGUAGCUCUGGGGGUACUGGUGGGCCAAGCAAGAUCCCCCUCUGUCCACCAUAUGAUUGCUCCAUCGACUUGCUCCCUGGUGGUCCGUUGCCUUCCAGUCGUCUCUACAACCUGUCUAAACCUGAACGUGAGGCCAUGGAGGUGUACAUCAGAGACUCCCUUGCAGCAGGGGGCCUCAGUUUUCACCAAGCUCGAUCUCCGGAAUGCGUAUCAUCUAGUGAGGAUCAAGGAGGGAGACGAAUGGAAAACAGCCUUCAACACCCCAUUAGUCCAUAGAGGAACACCAGGAGCAUGUCCGCCUCGUUUUGCAACGGCUGUUGGAGAACAGAUUAUUCAUCAAGGCUGAGAAGUGUGAAUUCCACGCCAGGGAGGUCAGUUUUUUGGGCUUCAUUGUUGGCGAGGGACAACUUCAAACCGACCCAGAAAAGGUGAGAGCUGUGGCAGAGUGGCCAGUUCCAGAGAACAGAAAGCAACUACAGAGGUUCUUGGGGUUUGCAAAUUUCUAUCGGCGAUUCAUCCGGGAUUUCAGCCGUGUGGUCAUCCCUCUAACUCGCCUCACUUCCUCUUCUGUGCAGUUUUGUUGGACUCCCGAAGCAGACUCGGCCUUCUCCAAGUUGAAAGGUCUG